AUGCUUCAAGAGAUGGAGACCGCCUGGGACAACGUUCUAACAAACUUCACGACAACCUCGAGCUCGUUGCAGAACAACGUCACGCAGAAAUCCGUCGAAGACUGGGAUUAUAGUUUCGAUCGUCAGCAAGUGGAGAGGAUCGUAGUGGUGGUGGUGCCAAUAUUUUUCGGGAUGAUCGGUAUCCUUGGAUUCGUCGGUAAUUGCUUGGUGGUCACCGUUGUCGCGGCGAAUCCGGGGAUGAGAUCGACGACGAACAUUCUGAUCAUCAAUCUUGCGGUGGCCGAUCUGCUGUUCGUCAUUUUCUGUAUUCCGUUCACCGCGACCGACUUCGUGCUACCGUUCUGGCCGUUUGGCAACAUCUGGUGCAAGAUCGUUCAGUACCUUAUCAUCGUCACUGCCUACGCCAGUGUUUACACUUUAGUCCUCAUGAGCCUAGACAGGUAUUUAGCAGUAGUUCAUCCAGUCACCUCAAUGUCUUGGAGAACCGAGAAUCGUGCGAUCCUCGCCAUUUGCAUCGCCUGGGCGAUGAUCUUCGCGAUCUCUACGCCUGCUCUUGUUGUUCACGGAGAGGACAUGGAUGGCUCGUCGUCGGAGAACCUGACGGCUUGUCGAAUCCUACCACAAUAUGAUUGGCCGUUCUUCCAAAUGUCGUUUUUCCUGAUGAGCUACCUGCUGCCACUGAUGCUGAUAUGCUUCUUUUACAUUUGCAUGCUCGUCAGGCUCUGGCGCCGCUCCCGCGUCAGCGCCGAGAGUCGACGGGGAAGAAGACGUGUAACGAGGCUGGUGCUCGUCGUCGUUGGCGUUUUUGCGUUUUGUUGGUGUCCUAUACAGGUGAUCCUUGUGACGAAGUCGUUACACGUGUAUCCAUUGUCAUCGACGACGAUAAUGUUGCAAAUAGCGAGCCACAUUCUGGCGUACACGAACAGCUGUGUCAAUCCCAUUCUCUACGCUUUCCUCAGUGACAGUUUUCGGAAAGCCUUUCGGAAAAUUAUAUACUGCAAACCACGGUCGGACCACAACAGACAACUGGGACCAUUGACGAGAACUACGAGAGCUUCCAGUACUGGUGACAUACUUUAG